AUGGCCUGGCUCCGAGACAUCCCUUGCAAAGAUAUCUCUCCAAAAGGCGACGACUACAGUGACAUUUCCCUUAACGGUACUAGGUGGACUGGAUUUCAGAGCUUCCUGGAUAAGUGGGAAGACGCCAACGAAGCUGCACCACUCGAGACGCAGAAGGAGACGGCUACGGACAUCAAGUACCUGCGGAAGUACGGCUGCGACUAUCUCAAGAAUUCGUCGCUCUGGGACUCGUUGGAUUCGUACGAGGCGUGGCUGGCCGACGCUCAGAAUAACAAGACGGUGAAGUCGCCUUACUGGUAUGGACGAAAUCUCUGUGUUCGGGGACGCGGUCACAAGCCUCUGAGUUUUUUCUGUCCCGAGGCGUGCGGGUGCCACCGCGGCGACGAGGACUGCCCGUUGACGUGUCCCGAGCGCGAAGCGACGACACCUCUCUGCCCCACGCAUCAGCACAAGACUUUUGUGAAUGCGUGCCACGGCCGAGUAGAAACUGGAUAUUGCUGUCCGCGACAUCCUCGUGCGUAUAGCUUCGAUGUGGGCUUUUCGAGUGUUGGCACGAAUGGGACCGCGCGGGCGGCGGCCGCCGGUGAAUAA